AUGUUGUCUGUUAAAACUUCGAACAAAAUGGAGGCGAUAUCGGAUGUUCUGCAGCCUCACAAGGAGCUGGUGGGCACCAUCGCCGCGGUGGUCACCAUCGGGCAGAUGUUCUCCGGCUCCUUCAUAUGCUACGACAUAUACAAGCAGGGCAGCACGCGGGGCAUCACUAUAGCGCCUUUCCUGGGCGGUGUUGUCAUGAGUCUUUUGAACCUCAAGUACGGCUUCAUCCUGCGCGAUGACACCGUGAUAAGGGUGAACUUCGCCGGCCUCGCGCUCAACUUGGCCUACGAUUGGAUGAUAUUCCCCUAUCCGCCACCUGGGGACGCGCCCGAUGGGAGAUCUGGCAACUCCUCACGGGUGGCCUACGUGCUGAUCUACUUCAACUACACCACGGACAAGCUGAGGGUCUGGGCGAAAGUGGGCAUCGCGGGCGCUUUCACCGCCGCCCUGCUGGGCUACGCGGAGAUUGAGGACCCCAGGCUGGUGGAGAACCGCUUCGGCAGCGUGAUCACCGCUUUCAUGUUCUACCUGAUCGCGUCGCCGCUUUUCGGCCUGAAGGAGAUAAUAAGGAACAAGAGCACGAAAGGCCUGCCAUUCCCCAUCAUAUUCUCCGGCACCAUCGUCACCUUCAUGUGGCUGCUGUACGGCAUCAUCCUGAAGAACAAAUUCCUAGUUCUACAAAACGUAGUGGCCGUGGUGCUGUGCUCCAUACAGCUGUCGCUGUUCGUCAUCUAUCCCUCAAAACCCGCAGACAAGGAAAAGGUCAAGGCAAAGGCCAAAGCGAAGAAGGCCGAC